GAUGUCGUUGGUCGCUGCACAUGCGCUAGAAAAGCGUAUCGUCCAGCAGCAUUGGAUUGUACCAUUUAUCACUGUAAUGUAAACACGUGUUGUUAUUCGAAGUAAACGCAUAAUGCGGUUUCCUCGCGAGGAAAAUUGACGAGAAAUCGCGAGUACGACGCAUUUAACACGACUUAGUAGUAACAUGAAAAUAAAAAAAGCAUCAUCGUAUUCGAAUGAUUUUGCCAUGUCCAUACGCUGAAAUUCACGUUCGUAUGGUUGUUUCUGCGUUCGUGACUCCGAUGUCAAAAUUUACUCCGAUACUUUUUCAAUUGCACUCCGAUCGUGGACUAAAACGUAAAUGAAGGAAAUCACAAAAUUGUCUGAAAACGUUUGGUAUUCUCGGAGAUAUUUGAAUGAAAUGAGACGAGCAUGAUUAUGUGAUACAAGAGAGUAUAUAAUCUUUGUUAUAACAGAGUAUUUUAAUAUACUGUCACGAAUUUUUCAACGAACCGCACUGAAUGAUAGAAAAUAAUUAAUUUAUAAAUUAUAUAUUGAUGGUUUUUUAUCUGUUACACAAGUGAAGAUAUAUAUUUUUAAAAAAUUAUAUACAUCUACAGAAUAGUAAGAAAUCUAGAAAAUGGAACCAUCUUGGUUUCCUCGUGUAAUUGCUCAUCAUCCAUAUAUUAUUUUAUUGUCUGUUUUUAUAUUUUCUUCGAUAUGUCUUAUUAUUCCAUUGACAACUAAAAAGUUUGAUUUUUCUGACCCACAAAUGGGCUUUGAGGCAAGAGGUACAGUAUUAUCGCAAAGACUGAUAGCUUGGAAUCAUUUGAUAGAAGCUACAAAACCAAGAGGUGAACUUACUGCUAAUCCUUUAGAAUAUCAUCAACAUAUUAGUCAACUACCUAUACAGUCUAAAGCAAAUAUGCAAAAUCAUAGUUGGUCUGAGAAAGAAGAGGGUAUUCUUAGAAAGAAACCAAAAGGUAAAAAACGAAAAGGAAAAAAACAUCAAUCAGUAUUAAAUAUCACAGACCACAUAGAAGUGAGUGAAGAGAAAGAUGCAUGGAAAAAAUUACUAGAAUUAAAAGACAAACAUAAUCCACAAAUAGAAGAUGACAAGGCUGAAGAUCAUCUUGAUAGUGACAAUUUCUUCUGCAAUUUACCAUCUGCUUCGUAUGCACGUGUUGUAAUCACUGUGGAUUCAGAGGAAAAUAAUUUAUGGUCAAUGGAAGGUGUAUUAGCUCAAUGUCAUAUUGAUGGUGUACUUCGUGGGAAUGUUCACUUUCAAGCUUUGUGUCAGCCUCAACUCAAGCGUAAUGGUGAAGCUGAUGGGAAAUGUUGUAGAAGUUGGUCACCAGCUAAUUAUGUGGCACUUUUAUCCAAUCGCAGUUCUUGUUUGGGAGUAACAGAGAGUGAUUUGAGCAGAGUGAAGUCUCUUUUGCAACAGUGCGCUGUUUAUUUUCAUAAUCGCCACUUAUCACCUAACUGUGCGGAAGAUUUUAAUUGUCAAAAACUUGUGCCAACUGAUUGUUAUUAUCAAAAUGCAGUUUACCAUUUACUGCAAUAUCUUUUAGAUAUUAAUUUUAUUUCUAAGAUAGAUCCUCACAAACAAAAUUCGACGUUGCAUUCUGUCAUGUUGUUUCUUCCUGUUGCUGCAAGCUCUGUGACUUCAGAUUUUUACAAAGCAAUAGACAAUGAUGAUUUAAUAUACGGAAACUUUCAUGUUCAAGGCAUGCAAUUUGGCCUAAAAAAUACGUUGUUCGAUCAGUUAUUAGUAUCUGAUUCAAGUUUGGUACUUGCUGGUUUUGCAUUUGUUACAUUUUGUAUCUGGGCAUAUACCGGCUCUUUAAUAUUAACGUUAGCUACAAUUAUGGCGGUAUUGUUCAGUCUUGGGAUUUCAUACGCAAUAUAUACUCUUGUCUUGCACAUUGAAUUUUUCCCUUUUAUGAACAUUUUGGCCAUAGUCGUAGCUGUAGGCAUUGGAGCAGAUGAUGCAUUUAUUUAUUGUAAAGUUUGGGAAUCUAAAAAACAAAAAAAACAGAAACUUUCUGAUGGUGGAUUAGCACAUUUGGUACAAGAAACAAUGAAACAUGCUGUUCCGUCAAUGUUUGUUACGUCUCUUACUACAGCAAUAGCUUUUUUUGCAUCAAUUGUUAGCAAUGUGACUGCUAUCAAUUGCUUCAGUUUAUUUUCAGGGAUGACAGUUAUUGCUAAUUUCUUCUUGAUGAUCACAUGGUUACCUGCAUGUGUGAUCGUGUCAGAGCAUUGUAAAUUAUCUACUCUGUCGCCUGUCAAUUUUAUCACUAGAAAAAUUAUUCGACCUCUAAGAUCUUUAGGAAAUAAAGUGACGGUGGGAUUCACUGUCGUUCUUACUGGAUUAGUGCUUCGUUUACGAUGGUUUUGGUUAAUAAGCUUAGGAAUUGUGGCAGUAGCAUGUUGCAGUGUCGUCUUCCAUUAUCCAGGCUUGCAACUGCCGAAUAAUGUGGAUCUUCAAUUAUUCCAUGAUAAACAUCCAUUUGAACAAUAUGAUUUAAUAUAUUCGCAGAGAUUCUGGUUUGAACGAUAUGAAAUGGUUGGUGGAGAUGUUGAAUUUUUACAACCAUUGAGAUUUGUAUGGGGCAUAAAUCCGGUCGAUAAUGGUGAUUACCUCGAUCCUCGUAAAAAGGGAAAACUGGAUUAUGAUGAAACUUUUGACAUUUCUCAUCCAAAGUCACAGUUGUGGCUUCAACAAUUUUGCCGAAAUUUACGGAGUCAACCUUUUUACCAUAGCACGGUUGGACCUUUAUUAUCUAACUGCUUCAUCGAGUCAUUACAUUCAUGGAUGAAGAGACGUUGUAAGGAUCCUAUUGAUCCUCAAAUUGACUAUACGCCGUGCUGUGAGAGCAGUAAAUUUCCUUAUAAUUCCAAUGUUCUGCAACAAUGUGCAGCUGAAGCUAGCUUGAGUUUACAUGACACACCUAAUUUGUGGAGUGGGAGCGGUUUACUUUCUGCAGGUCUAAAAUUUGUCAAAGAACCAUUGUCCGCGCAGGCAAAUGAUACGCUUAUGGUGAAAAUGAUGCCUAAGAUCAAAGCGCUUAUUGUCGAAUACGAUAGCACAUAUGCAUAUAGUCUCUCGUUUGCAAACAUGGAUAAAUUUUUUCAUCAGGUCGAAAGUUGGAUGCAGAAUCAGUUACGAAUGGCGCCUAAAGGGAUGCGAGGUGGAUGGUUUGUUAGUAAUUUCGAAUUUUAUGAGCUUCAGCGAACGUUACAUGAAGGAACCAUAUGGGCAAUAGGAGUGUCGCUAAUUUUGGCUCUAAUAGUCUUAGUACUUGUGACCUUAAAUCCUAUUGUCAGCCUAUAUGCAAUUGUAACAAUUGGUGCUGUUAUUAUAGUAACUGUUGCAUUACUGAUCCUUCUUGGUUGGAAACUCAAUAUUCUAGAGAGUGUUGCAGUAACAACAGCUAUAGGUCUUGCUGUAGACUUUAGCUUACAUUAUGCUGUGAGUUAUAAAGUAUGCAUCUCUGAAAAGAAAAUAGACAGAGUAAAAGCAGCACUGCAGCAAAUGGGCGGUCCUACUCUUAUGGCAGCAAUUACAAGUGGAGCUGCGGGCGCUUUUAUGUUACCUUCGAAUGUACUACCUUAUAUACAAAUUGGUAUUUUCUUGUUACUCGUCAUGGGAAUAAGUUGGAUCUACGCGACGUUAUUUUUGUGCUCGAUGUUAGCAAUUAUAGGACCGUCUUUACACUUUGCUCAAUUUGAAUAUCCUAGAUUGAGAAUUUUAUCGAUUUGUUUUUUCAAAUAUGAGGCUAGUGAUGCGGUUGAAACCGACAAAGAUAAUAAUCGAGCAAAGAAAAUUUAUAAAGGUCGAGGAAUGCUUUCGGAAUCAACUGUAAGCACAUCUAGUUCUGUAUGUCAAUUUCAUUGCAGUGAACUGGAAACUCUUGCAAGGCCUCCAUCGCCAUCAUUACCACCAUCUCCAUUAUCAACAUUACUUCGUUAAAAUAGUUAUUAUUUAAAUAAUUAUUAUGUCAUUUUCUCUAGAAAUCUCAAUUUGCUGUUUUAGCAAUUAUAUAUAUUUUUUUUUUAACUCUACCUCAAAUAAUCAUUUUGUGCAUAGGUGUAACAUUAUAUACUUAAUGUGACUGUUGACUGUGUUCAAAUAGUUUUAAGGUCUUUACUCAAUAUACUGCUCCUUUGCUACAACAGCGACAUAACUCAAAAAAUAAAGUUUUUGUUUAAAUAUUUUGAAUCAUUAAAAUUUGUAAUAUUAUUUUUUAAUGCGGUUUGGAAGUAAUGAUUUGGUUUAUUAAUUGCAGAGGAAUAAAAGUAUUAUUAAUUCUUCACUUAAUAUAUUCAAUUCUCAUCAAAAUUUUUUUUUCUGUGUAAACAACUCAAAAAUACUAAUUUUUAGUUAUGUCAUUGCUUGUAGUAAAAGUGAUAUGGUCUGUCAUACGUUACCUAUAUCUACAGUACAUUCAACACACAAUAUGUAAGGUUAAACACAUACA